AUGUUCAAGAAAUUCAGCGUUAAGGAGGACGUGUCGGGCUCGACGUCGGUCAAGUCGUCCGUUCAGCGCAACGUGCGCAACAACCUUCUCGAGCAGCUCCCUCUCCUCUCCCAGACGGCCUACAAGGAGGGCCGUGAGACUCCACCAGCUGAGCCUACACCUGCACCUGUGCCCGAACCAGCCCAAGAGGAAGAGGAGGAGGAGGAUCAGUCGAAGGGCAAAGGCAAGGGCGGCAAGGGUAAGGGUGGCAAGAAGGGAGGUAAAGGAGGCAAGAAAGGAAAGGCCCAGGACGCGCCCGCACCCGCCGACGACAACAAGGAGGUGCAGGUGAUCGACGAGCUGUGGCCCAAGGGAGAGCCUCUCGGCGUCACCAAGUGCCACGAGCGGAUAACCAUCUACACUGUGCACAGUGUACCGAUCUUCUUCAACCACUUCGAUGGGCCUUUUAUCCCUACGCUCCGUGUGCUCCACCGCUACCCCGCUCUGCUGCCGCAUGUGCAGAUUGACCGCGGCGCUAUCAAGUUCCUUCUGGCCGGCGCCAACAUGAUGGCCCCGGGCCUGCUGAGCAAGGGGGGCAUUCUUCCCGAAGGACUGGCCAAGGACGCGAUUGUUGCCAUUCACGCCGAGGGCAAGGAGCACGCGUGCGGUAUCGGGCGGAUGAGCGCGAGUUCGGACGAGAUCCGCAAAUCGGGCAAGGGCGUGGCCGUUGAGGUUGUGUGCUGGGUUGGCGACGACUUCUGGAAGAUCAAGGAGAUUGGUCUCUAG